CGGCGAGUCCUACUCCGGUCGCGCGACGUCGUCCAGUCGUCCGCUGUCUCGCACAUUAACCGUCUAACACGAGCGCCUAACUACCGACGGCACACCGCACCGCCAGUCGUCAAGUCCGUGCGGCGUCAACACGUAGCCUGCCGCCGCCGCCGCCGCCGUCGUCGUCAGGAGCAGUACCAACCGAUCCGUCGGCUGCCACGUUUCGACUGGGUAACCCGCGCGCACACGCGGACGGUCGGCCGCGGAUCCGUUUCUCGUCCGGUCGUCGAGUGACUGACAAGUGUCCGUCUCCCGGUGCCGCCAACGGACGAGGGCCCCUUGUGUCUGGCGAAGAACACCGCUCCCGGCAACCUACAUUCGCCCACUGAGAAGCCAGUGCCGCCGCCACGAACAUGAUCGGUUCAAAAAUGUUAGCUUUAUUUGUUGCUGUGUUGGCAAUCAACACAGUAUCAAUUCAAGCAUGGGAUACUGAUCAAAUGGAGGUUUUUGAUCUGGUUGAAGAAAUGAAUAAUAUAAAUUUUUAUCAGUUUCUAGAAGUACCUGAAGAUGCUAAUUCAUCAGCAAUACGACAUGCAUUUAGAAGAAUGUCACUAAUAUUACAUCCCGAUAAGAAUGACUCUCCAGAUGCUGAAGCCAGAUUCAGAGAAUUAGCUUCAAUCCAUGAUGUCUUACGGGAUCCUGUAAAACGUGGUCAUUAUGACAAAGUUUUAAGUGAAGGGUUACCGGAUUGGCAUCAUGCUGUUUAUUACUACAGAAGAGUUAGAAGGAUGGGAUUCCUAGAAAUGAUUGUUAUUCUGUUUUCUAUAAUAAGUGUUGGACAAUAUCUUGUGGCUUGGGGAUCGUAUAUAGAAAAUAAAUUCACUGUGGAAGAGUUAUUGAGUUCAAAAAUAAAAAAAAUUCGAAAACAAAAGAAAUAUCGAGGUGAUUCAACGUUACCGCCUGAAUUUGAUGUUAACAUACCAAAACCUAGUUUGAAAAAUACACUUCCAUGUCAAUUACCCUAUUGGAUAUGGGUAUUCAUCUUAAAAUCACCUUCACUUACAACUUCAGCCAUAUCAUUUUUGAUCACAAAGUUUAAAGAGAGAAAAAAUAACCAAAAUAAAGUGGAAUUUGAAAAACCAGAACCAGUUAUUCGUGAGAGAAUAAGACGUCGUAAAACGCCGUAUAAGAUACCAGAAAUUAAUGACUAUAAAAACACUAAUGGAGAUACACGGGGAAAAGUUAAUACUGAAAAUAGUGAUACUCCAGCAGUUGCUGGUGGUUUGUGGACUGAUGAAGAUUUAUUCGAAUUGUCUCAAAUGGUAAAUAAAUUUCCUCCUGGUACGUCAGACAGGUGGCAAAAGGUUGGCAAAGCAAUGCAACGCCCUGUUCCUGAAGUUGCAUACAUGGCCAACAAAAUGAAACAAAAUGGGUAUAAAGUGCCAACUCCUGGAGAGACAAUUGAGUCAGUUAUCACCGAAGAACCAAAGAAAGUUAAAACGAGAGCGACAGAAAAUCUUGAUUCAAGUGAUAGCUCUUGGACUCAAAUUCAACAGAAAACGUUUGAAAAUGCUCUUAUUAAGUUUCCUAAAGGAUCCACUGAAAAUCGCUGGGAAAAGAUAUCCAAAUGUGUACCAAAUAAAACUAAAGAAGAAUGUAUGGCAAGAUACAAGGAAUUAAAUGAGCAAGUGAAAAAGAAAAAAGAUCAAACUGAUGAUGGUAUAGAAAAUGUUGAAAACAACACUAAUGAAUUAUAAAUUAUGAAUUUCUAUAUACCUUGCUUUUAUGUCCCCUGUUUCUUCUUAAGUCUGAUUUGGUUGUGAUUAUUUAAGCUCAUUUUAUAACUGACAUAACAUCAGCGUGUGUUAAUAGCCAAUUGAAAUGUAAAUCCAUGUACUAAAUUAAUAUUAACCCUAAACGCUUCAACUGACCUAUUGUCAAUCUUACAAAUAACUAUCAUGGAUCCCAAUUAAGAUAUAAUUUAUGAUAAUUUCCCUAUUAUGUUAUAACUAUUUUAUUCAUUAAAUAAAUUGUAUGUUAUUUAUCUGUUUAAAAUGAAUAUACCAUGUAUAUAAUGUGCUAAAAAUGUUUGAAUAUUCUGUAAAAGUCUUCAAUAAUGACUUAGGUAUUCUGUCAUCCAUUUCAUUUGGCUUAUUGUUAUUUUAAUUUUUCUUAUGUUAUCCAAUUGAAGUUAAUUCCUUGUAUGUUAUUACAUUAUUAAUGAGUAUACAAUUAUAUUAGUGAAAAUAUAACAUAAUUUUUUGAUGUGUUAUUCAAAUUACAGAUUUUUUUUACUUUUAAAUUAUAAAAUGUAUCAUUUUUAAGUUACAGCAUUUAAAUAGUCUUGGUCAUUAAUCAUUAAAUACUAUGUUCUAUAUUUUAAUGUAUUUUCACAUCGUUAGUUCAAAAACCUUAGAUUACAUAAGCAUCUGUUUGCAUGACUGUUAAAAAAAAAAAAAUUUUAACUAAUAUAACGUAAGAUCUAUUAUUUGUGAUGGAUAUGGUAAUGUAACAAUACGAUGAUAUGAAAUAAUAAAAAUAAAUUAAAAACAUUUAAUAGAA